ACUAUGUCUUUCCGCUCUAAUUCCAGAACCAUCAGUGUUUAUGGAGGUGCCGGUGGUCGAGGAACCCGGAUAUCCUCGUCCCCUGCUGGGUCUCUUCACUCUUCUCCAAUGAGAUUCAAUCUGGGUGAGAAGACCACCAUGCAAAAUUUGAAUAGCCGCCUAGCCUCUUACCUAGAGAAGGUGCACUCACUGGAGAAUGCCAACGCUGAUCUAGAAACCAACAUCAGGGAAUGGUAUGACAGUCACACUGGUGUCACAUUCAAUCACUCCGUUUACCAGGACACCAUCAAUGACCUGAGAAAUGAGAUUCAAUCAAUUUCCCAAGACAAUGCCUCAAUCAUCCUGACUGUGGACAAUGCCAAACUGACUGCUGAAGACUUCAAACUAAAGUAUGAGAAUGAGCUCGCUAUGAGAAGGAACAUUGAUGCUGACAUCGCCAGUCUGAAUAAAAUUCUGGAUGGGUUUAGCUUGCAUCGGUCGGAUCUGGAAAUACAGAUUGAGGCUCUGACGGAGGACCUCAUCAUACUGAAGAGAAACCAUGAGGAGAAGAUGUCCUGCAUGGCUGGAGUUCAGGUGAACGUUUGUGUGGAUGCAGCGCCCUCUACGGACCUGAACCAGGCCGUCGACGAGAUGAGACUACAUUAUGAGCCUAUGACUGAGAAAAACCGUCAGGAGCUGGUGUCCUGGUGUGAAAGCAAGAUCACCACAGUGCAACAGGAGGUGGUCACACAUAAUGAAGAGCUUCAGAACAGCAGAAAAGAGCUGAAGGAGUUGGCAAGGUCCUUACAAAGACUACAGAUUGAACUGCAGACCCAUGAGAGCACGAGGUCAGCUCUUGUCGGGGAACUGAAGGGCACACAGGCCCGUUACGGGGACCAGUUGGCUAGGCUUCAGACCACUGUCACAGGCCUGGAGGACCAUCUUAGUCAAUUUCAUGCUAAAAUUGGCAUCAACAAACAAGACUACGAAGCGCUGCUGGAGGUAAAGAGCAGACUGGAGCGUGAGAUCGCUGAGUACAUGAGACUGCUGGAUGGAGAUGAAAGAGAGUCCCACAAAGUUGCCACCAAAAUGAUCACAGUGGUGCAAACUGUUGUGAAUGGGAAGGUUGUGGAGAGCAGCGAGACCGUGGAUGUUAUUGAGAAAAAAUGACUCAUCUGCUCAAAAACACAUUGACUUCAACUGACGACGUCACAUGUCUUAUAAUGCCUUACUGUAAUGCACAAUCACACAAUUAAUGAAGAAUUUGGAAGUUUACCUUAGAUUGUGAACAUGAUUAUAUGAAUGUAAUUUAGUUUUGUCCUGUGCAAACUCUUUCAGCUCUUUGUUUCCCGGUGUUAAAUGACAAUCAAAUAUGCCUGAUGUACU